UCUCUCAGAUUUCAUCAAAAAGAUCUUCAUUUGCAUUCCAAAGAACGAAAGUCUUGCGGGUUUGGAAGGACAUGAGGAUGAGUAAUAACAGAAUUUCCAUUUUUGGGUGAACUAACCCUUGCAUAUGAACAUUGAAUAACGUACAUGGAGUACAUCACAUAUGGUAACCAACAACCCUGACAUGCAGAAUCUCAAACGAGCUUGUUACAGGCGAGAACAAACCUCACUAGUUCUUGCAAGAACUAAUGAAGUUCUCAUACUUAAAAGCAUUGAUCAAUGUUUAUAAGUGAGUAAGAGCCUUAACUUAAAUUUUUAGUCUCUUCAGAGGACUUGUUUACUCGUAUGGAUUUAAUUUACAUUGUCUUUAUUAGCUUUGAAGCUUGAAAAUUUUGGUUGCAUGUACUUUCAAGAGAAUAAAAGUCUUACAGAUUUGGAAUGGAUAUAGAGGCGUGACACAAAAUAUCGAAAUUUUAUUGCAGUAGAUACAAAAUAUCAAACCAAGUGUCACCUGCAAAUAUACUUCAGACUGCAUACUACUUCAGAAGAUGCUUUUUUCAGGUCUCUGUAUCAACUUUGCUGUUUGUCCCUGUCACACACGGGUCUGAUGACAGCCAUCUGCUUGGGUUCAGUCCCCUCGAUUGUUAUUGUGCAGAGAGGAGCCCUUCCCCCGACUCCUGCUCAUUUUCGAACUGUGUUCUCGAAAGACACAAUCUAGUAACGACUCAAUCUAAAAGAGCUGUUACGUUGAUCUUUUAGAUUUUUAGUUAGAGUCACUCUGAUCAUCAUCAUAAAUUAUAAACGCUGAAGUGACGUCAGCGAGAACUCGACUCGUACGAACACAAACGGGUUUUAUAACACUAGUAGCCAAGGCAAAGAUCUUGAGCAUGUUUAAAGCGGAUUUUGCACUGAAGUGAACGCACAUUAUGCUCCGACAACCGCUUCACUUUACAAGCAGGACGGAGGAUGAAACGGCGGACUCGGGCGCGGAGACUUCGGGGUGAGUUAGCGGAGAAAGCUAAAGAUGAACUCACUUUUGUUUGCGUCUCUAAGGGGGAGAAACACAGUAACCGAGGGCGCCGAAUGCUUUAUGAUAUCUGACUGCAGUAAAAUGUCAUGCAGCAGCAUUGACCUCAUGGCCAGCCCGGGUCAGGAGCUGCUUCUGGUCACCAUGCACCUGCUUACCAACCCUGGUGACUCGCUCCUCCUCCAGCACACUCUUGACCGCCUGCUCAAGUGGGUCCGCCCUGGUCUCCGCCUAUUCCAUGUGUCCGAGCGGGCCUGUCCCCUUCAUGACUACGCUAGAGCUAACCUGUGCCCGGUGGCUGGCCACCCCUCACACGCGGUGACCAUAUUCUUGCACGAGUCUUACGGAGAGGAGCGUAUUCUCAGGGUGCUGGACUUUCUGCAGUGUCCACCCUGGCAGUACCACCAUACGGAGAGCUGUGGCGGCAGAGAGGGCGGCGCUCAUGUUAGCUCCACCGCCUCCCCAUCCAGCGCCCUGCUGAGGCCCUACCUCCUCCCCAGCCGGGACUUCUACAGCCUGGGUGCGGGAAUGCCAGUGUGGGGGGUGCGGCCAGUGCACUACGGAGGGGAAGUGGUGCGAGUGACUUUGCACAGCACCUAUGAUAACUUUGAGGACACUGUGCGUUUAUAUGAGACGGUGCUACAGAGGAGGGUGGAAGAGCAGAAAACAGGGUUCUGCUGGUUCACUCUGCUUACAGAACAAGGCUUCAACCUGCAGUUGGCCAUCAAACAGCUCUCGCCAGGGGUCAGAGUAGAGCCGUGCUACUCUGCAGUUCUGCAGUUCAAGGUGGGUGAGAUUGGACAGCUAGUGCCCUUGUUGCCCAACACCUGUUCACCCAUCAGCGCUACCCGAUGGCACACUGAAGACCUGGAUGGCAACAAGAUCCUCUUUCAGGUUAAAGCCCCAGCACAACCCCAGGGGUUCCUUACAUCUGCGUUUCCUCUGAGCUGUCCCAGAAUGCUGCUGAGGAACGGUGCAACUGCCAGGCCCCCUUCGACCUCUCCCUGCAGGAAGCCAUCGCAUUUGAAGGAGCACCCUGUGGGACGCUCACGUGUGGAGCCGCCACCGGACCGCUGUCCUCGCGGGUUGAGGUUAGCGUCGUGUGGUAGGGAGAGUAUGGGUUCAGAUGGCACCUGCAGCACUCCUCCGGGAAGCUCCUGCUACUCCUCCCAGCGCAGCAGCCCGGCAUGCCUGUCUGUUAACUGGUAUGAACCAGCGAUAACCUCUGAAACCUCCAUAUCAUGCCUUCUGCUGGAAGAGGAGGAGCCCGAGACAAAUGUGGACACGGGUUGUGCUGUAAAGCCACAGCCCACUUUAGGAGUGUCUGCCCUGGUGACUCUGUCUAGGGACCUGAAACAUGGACUGGCUGAGCUGCAGUUGACCUCUGAAGCAGAGACACAGGCUUCACAGUGUCAUAGUCAGCAUCAACAUGCACAAGUAGAUGAGUUCUUCAUUUGACUGUUCCCAUUGACUUUUUUUUUAAAGCAGCACAUAUUUACAUGAAUGCAUUUGGCAGAUGCUUUUAUCCACAGCGACUUAAAGAGAUAGU